GCUUCUCUUCGUUCAAGUUGUUAGUCUGCUUCGUGAUCAUUUGGUUCUAAUCUCUGUCAUCAUGUUGACACCAAAACUCUCUCAACAGCUCCUUGCAGUGGCCAUUUGCUGUGGCGUUACUUUUGGUUUCCAACGGCCGGCAUUCUGCGUCCAACGAACUUGCUCCAUCACCACAACCCGUCGCUUCUCCAGUGAUUGGUCCGAUUUUACAGCACUGGACGAUGACGAAGAUUUUGACGAUCUGCGAAUCGACACAAACCAGUAUGCCGUGGAAGAGGAUUCUCAAGAGAGCAAGGCACAAAUAGGUUCCGGAUUGGAGCCUCCCAAAAUUGAGAAUGAUUUUCCACCCCUGCAAGUUCCAGCGGGCUCCCAAUUAGAGCUGAGCGAGGACGUUGUCAUGGGUGUUUUGUCGGCUUGCCGUGGUGAAUUGGGUACUUUGUUCGGAUACACAGAAGAAAAUCGUGGCGUUGGCAUCACGGGUGGUGUCGACUAUGUGGAGAUGGACGGACCUACUGUAGUGGUGAGACUGAAGGGACGCUUCUGGCACGAGAGGACCACAGUGCUGGACCGGGUUUCUAAUUACCUGAUACAGCGCAUACCCGAGAUUAUUGAUGUGACAAUCGAAGAUGAAUGGCAGCUCACAGACGAAGCCAAUGAGGUUUGGUAGACAAACGAGGAAAGGAUCAAGAACUACUGUGGUAGCUGGUCAGUCAAAUUGUUUUGCUCAGUGCACCUUGCAAUCUACCGGUACUUCUAGUAGCUGAGUUCAGCUACAUAAGGGUUGUUAUAGUUUUCUGCAUUGAAUGAUUCAAUCUACAUACCUCAAGCUUGAAGAAGGAACUAGAAAUAUUUUGUGUUUCUUUU